CUCACUCUCCUGGUGUUUUUGAAGAAAAGAAAUCAGUGAUCUGUUCUAACUCUUUCUGUUCUUAGGGAAGAACACAUUUUGUGUGGUGCUCUUUUAGCCACUUACCUGCUUUGAGUUUCUGCAGUGACCAGCAGUGACGUGAAAAUAUUAGAUCAUGUCAGAGUUCUGGCUAAUUUCUGCCCCGGGAGACAAAACAAAUCUGCAGGCAUGGGAGAGAAUGAACACUGUGACAUCUAAAUCCAACCUGUCCAGCAACAGUAAAUUCCAUAUUCCAGACUUAAAGGUUGGCACACUGGAUGCUCUUGUUGGUCUGUCAGAUGAGUUGGGAAAACUUGAUAGCUUUGCUGAAAGCGUAAUAAGGAAAAUAGCCCAGUACAUAGGAGAAGUUAUGGAAGACUCAAAAGAUAAAGUCCAGGAAAACCUUCUGGCCAAUGGAGGGCUAAAGGAUAAAAUGAAAUGUCUCCAAAUUGACCUAAUUAGCUACUUGACACGGUUUGAGUGGGACAUGGCCAAAUAUCCCAUAAAGCAGCCGCUGAAGAAUAUAUCAGAAGCAUUAACAAAGCAAGUGACUCAAAUAGAAACAGACCUAAAGGCCAGAUCAGCUGCAUACAACAACAUUAAAGGAAAUUUGCAAAGCCUGGAGAAGAAAACAAUGGGAAAUCUGCUGACUCGGACCCUGGCAGACAUUGUGCACAAAGAAGACUUUGUUCUGAAUUCCGAGUAUCUUAUCACGCUGCUUGUCGUGGUGCCAAAGUCAAGCUACCUACAGUGGCAGAAGACCUAUGAAUCACUCUCAGAUAUGGUAGUACCUCGCUCCACCAAAAUGAUUGCUGAGGAUGCAGAGGGAGGACUCUUCACUGUGACCCUGUUUAGAAAAGUGAUGGAUGACUUUAAGGCUAAAGCCAGGGAGAACAGGUUCAUGGUUCGAGAAUUUUAUUAUGAUGAGAAGGAACUGAAAUGUGAAAAGGAAGAGCUGAUGAAAUUAGCUUCUGACAAGAAACAACAAUAUGGCCCCUUACUACGCUGGCUGAAGGUGAAUUUCAGUGAAGCAUUUGUUGCUUGGAUUCAUGUGAAAGCCUUGAGAGUUUUUGUUGAAUCUGUGCUGAGGUAUGGCCUCCCUGUGAAUUUCCAAGCAAUGCUGCUGCAGCCAAACAGGAAGUCUGUGAAGCGCCUGAGAGACGUCCUGAACCUGGUCUUCAAACACCUGGAUGAAGUUGCAGCAGCAAGUAUAAUGGAUCCUGGCAUGGACAUCCCUGGGUUACAACUGAGUAAUCAAGAAUACUAUCCUUAUGUCUAUUUCAAGAUUGACCUCAGUCUUCUUGACUGCAGUUAAAGAAGAAUUGCUCAAGCUUCGUCUAUUAAUUUUCAAGACUCAUGUUACUGUAAAACAACCUUUAGCUGCUGAAAGUCAAAUUAAAAUGCAGAUGCUGUAGCAGGAUGAU